AUGGCGGCGUCGCGUCGCUCUCAGCAUCAUCACCACCAUCAUCCAGCACCACUCCAGCCCGUUCCGGGGGCUCCGGGGGCUCCGGCGCCGCCGCCGCCACCGCCGCCGCCGCCGCCGCUUCCCCCCGCACUGAGCCCCGGCUUGGCCCCGGGGGCCACUCCGGCUGCCCCGACGGUGGGUGGCGGCCUAGCCCCCUUCGCCUCCCCGCGGCAGGGCCUGGCGCUGCCGGAGGGGGAUGGGAGCCGGGAGCCACCCGACAGGCCGCGGUCCCCGGAGCCGGCCGACAGCGCGGGCGCUUGCAGCCCCGUCGGCACCGCGGCUUCCGCCCCCGCGGGCCCGACGGCGGUGACAGCUGCGGCCGCCGUCGGGGUCGCCCCCAGCUCGGCCGCCGCGGGCUCCAGCCACCACUCGCCGCCGGCCUCCUCCUCCUCGUCCUCCUCCCCGACUUCGUCGUCCGCUUCUUCCCCGUCGUCCCCGGGGUCGAGCCUGGCGGAGAGCCCCGAGGCCGCGUCCUCCCUCGGAGCUAGCACCGCCGCAGUCGCCGUGGCCGUGGCCGUGAGCAGCCUGGGGCCCGGGCCCGCCGCCGCCGCCGCCGCCCCCGGGCCAGGUGGGGUCCCCGCCGUGAGCGGGGCUCUCCGCGAGCUGCUGGAAGCCUGUCGCAAUGGGGACGUGUCGCGGGUCAAGAGGCUGGUGGACGCCGCCAACGUGAACGCCAAGGACAUGGCCGGACGCAAGUCUUCGCCCCUGCACUUCGCUGCAGGUUUUGGAAGGAAGGAUGUUGUAGAACACUUACUACAGAUGGGUGCUAAUGUACAUGCUCGUGAUGAUGGAGGUCUCAUCCCGCUUCAUAAUGCUUGUUCUUUUGGCCAUGCUGAGGUUGUGAGUCUGUUACUGUGCCAAGGAGCUGAUCCAAAUGCCAGAGAUAACUGGAACUACACCCCUCUGCAUGAAGCUGCUAUUAAAGGGAAAAUAGAUGUGUGUAUUGUGCUGCUGCAGCACGGAGCUGAUCCAAACAUUCGGAACACUGAUGGUAAAUCAGCCUUGGACCUGGCCGAUCCCUCAGCAAAAGCAGUUCUUACAGGUGAAUACAAGAAAGACGAACUCCUAGAAGCUGCUAGGAGUGGUAAUGAAGAAAAACUAAUGGCUUUACUGACUCCUCUAAAUGUGAAUUGCCAUGCAAGUGAUGGACGAAAGUCUACUCCUUUACAUCUAGCUGCAGGCUACAACCGGGUCCGAAUAGUUCAGCUUCUUCUUCAGCACGGUGCUGAUGUUCAUGCAAAAGAUAAAGGUGGACUUGUACCUCUUCAUAAUGCAUGUUCAUAUGGACAUUAUGAGGUCACAGAACUGUUACUAAAGCAUGGAGCUUGUGUUAAUGCUAUGGAUCUCUGGCAGUUUACUCCACUCCAUGAAGCUGCUUCUAAGAAUCGUGUAGAGGUCUGUUCUCUGUUACUUAGCCAUGGUGCUGAUCCUACAUUAGUCAAUUGCCAUGGCAAAAGUGCUGUGGAUAUGGCUCCGACACCUGAGCUCCAAGAGAGGUUGACAUAUGAAUUUAAAGGUCAUUCUUUACUACAAGCAGCUAGAGAAGCAGACCUAGCCAAAGUUAAGAAAACACUUGCUUUGGAAAUCAUUAAUUUCAAACAACCACAGUCUCAUGAAACUGCACUGCACUGCGCUGUGGCUUCCUUGCAUCCCAAACGAAAACAAGUGACAGAAUUAUUACUUAGAAAAGGAGCAAAUGUUAAUGAAAAAAAUAAAGAUUUUAUGACUCCCCUGCAUGUCGCAGCAGAAAGAGCCCACAAUGAUGUCCUGGAAGUUCUACAUAAACACGGAGCAAAGAUAAAUGCUCUGGACACCCUUGGCCAGACUGCUUUGCAUAGAGCUGCCCUUGCGGGUCACCUGCAGACCUGUCGCCUCCUCCUGAGUUAUGGCUCAGAUCCCUCCAUCAUCUCCUUGCAAGGCUUCACAGCGGCACAGAUGGGAAAUGAAGCAGUGCAGCAAAUUCUGAGUGAAAGUACCCCUAUACGCACUUCGGAUGUUGACUAUAGACUGUUAGAGGCUUCUAAAGCCGGAGACUUAGAAACUGUGAAGCAACUUUGCAGCCCCCAAAAUGUGAAUUGCAGAGAUUUAGAAGGUCGGCAUUCGACACCCUUACACUUUGCAGCAGGCUACAAUCGUGUGUCUGUGGUGGAGUACCUUCUGCACCAUGGUGCCGAUGUCCAUGCCAAAGACAAAGGUGGCUUGGUGCCUCUUCAUAAUGCCUGUUCAUAUGGACACUAUGAGGUAGCUGAGCUUCUAGUAAGGCAUGGUGCUUCAGUCAAUGUGGCAGACUUAUGGAAAUUCACACCUCUGCAUGAAGCAGCAGCUAAAGGAAAAUAUGAAAUUUGCAAGCUCCUUUUAAAACAUGGGGCAGAUCCAACAAAAAAGAACAGAGAUGGAAAUACACCGUUAGAUUUGGUGAAAGAAGGAGACACAGAUAUUCAGGACUUACUGAGAGGUGAUGCUGCCUUGUUAGAUGCAGCCAAGAAGGGCUGCCUGGCAAGAGUACAGAAACUCUGUACCCCAGAAAAUAUCAACUGCAGAGAUACACAGGGCAGAAACUCAACCCCUCUUCACCUGGCUGCAGGCUAUAAUAACCUGGAAGUAGCUGAAUAUCUUCUUGAGCAUGGAGCAGAUGUUAAUGCACAAGACAAAGGUGGUUUAAUUCCUCUUCAUAAUGCAGCAUCCUAUGGGCAUGUGGAUAUAGCAGCCUUAUUGAUAAAAUACAACACAUGUGUGAAUGCUACAGAUAAAUGGGCAUUUACUCCUCUCCAUGAAGCAGCCCAAAAAGGAAGGACACAGUUAUGUGCCCUGCUCUUAGCACAUGGUGCGGAUCCAACUAUGAAAAACCAGGAAGGCCAAACACCAUUAGACCUGGCAACAGCUGACGACAUCAGGGCUUUGCUGAUAGAUGCCAUGCCUCCAGAGGCCUUACCCACCUGCUUCAAACCUCAGGCUACCAUAGUGAGUGCCUCACUGAUCUCCCCAGCAUCUACCCCCUCUUGCCUGUCUGCUGCUAGCAGCAUAGACAACCUGACUGGCCCGUUGGCAGAGUUGGCAGUGGGAGGAACAUCCAAUACAGGGGAUGGUGCAGCAGGCACAGAAAGGAAGGAAGGAGAAGUUGCGGGUCUUGACAUGAAUAUAAGCCAGUUCCUCAAAAGCCUUGGGCUUGAACACCUUCGGGACAUUUUUGAAACAGAGCAGAUUACACUGGAUGUGUUGGCUGAUAUGGGUCAUGAGGAGUUGAAAGAAAUAGGUAUCAAUGCAUAUGGACACCGCCACAAAUUAAUCAAAGGAGUAGAAAGACUGUUGGGUGGACAACAAGGCACCAAUCCUUAUUUGACUUUUCACUGUGUUAAUCAGGGGACUAUUUUACUGGAUCUUGCUCCAGAAGAUAAGGAAUAUCAGUCAGUAGAAGAAGAGAUGCAAAGUACAAUUCGAGAACACAGAGAUGGAGGUAAUGCUGGUGGCAUCUUCAACAGAUACAAUGUUAUUCGAAUUCAGAAAGUUGUCAACAAGAAGUUGAGGGAACGGUUCUGUCACAGACAAAAGGAAGUGUCUGAGGAGAAUCACAAUCAUCAUAACGAGCGCAUGUUAUUUCAUGGUUCUCCUUUCAUUAAUGCCAUUAUUCAUAAGGGGUUUGAUGAGCGACAUGCAUACAUAGGAGGAAUGUUUGGCGCUGGGAUUUAUUUUGCUGAAAACUCAUCUAAAAGCAAUCAGUAUGUUUAUGGAAUUGGAGGAGGAACAGGCUGCCCCACGCACAAAGAUCGAUCCUGUUACAUAUGUCACAGACAAAUGCUUUUCUGUAGAGUGACCCUUGGAAAAUCCUUCCUGCAGUUCAGCACUAUGAAAAUGGCCCAUGCCCCACCUGGACAUCACUCUGUGAUUGGGAGGCCAAGUGUGAAUGGCCUGGCAUAUGCUGAAUAUGUCAUUUACAGAGGCGAACAGGCAUACCCGGAAUAUCUUAUCACAUAUCAGAUCAUGAAGCCAGAAGCUCCUUCACAAACUGCAACAGCAGCAGAGCAGAAGACCUAGUGAAUGCCCAAUGGUAAAGGCCAGAUCAGAUUUAAGCCUAGGACUGGACCACAGUGAAUUGUUUUCCAACAAAACCAAUAUUCCAUAAAUCCCUGACAGCCUAGAUAGCUGUUUGUCUUUUAUAAAGCAUUGCUAUAGUAAUGGAUCUAUUAUGAGUAACUGAUACAUUCUCAACUGCUACUGUUCCCUUCAAGGAAAUGUUUACAGGGGCGGCCUUUUAACAUAUCUCAGGCUCAUUUUCAUUACUGUCAUACGUGUCUAAAACAAGAUUGCUUUGAUCUAGAUUUGGAAAUAGUAAAAAAGCAGAUAUAACCAAUACUUUUCCAAAUAUUCACAAUUCACACACUACAUUUACUGUUACAUAUGAUGCAUGUGUAUAACAAAUGCACACUUGACAGGCUUGUGUUUCAUUUUUCUAAACAUGCAGUUGCCUUCCCUCCAUAUAUAUGUGUAUGUGCACAUGCAUGAUAGCACACACACAUGCUUACUUUGAAAAUGAGCCAGAGCCUUCUUGAGGAUAUUUUGCACAAAAUCAUGCCAACUAAAAUCAAUAGCAGUGCUGGCACUAGAGCGAUAGUACAACGGCAUUUGCCUUGCACGCGCCAACCCAGGUUCGAUCCUAAUAUGGUCCCUGGGGUCUACUAGUAGUGUUCCCUGAGCACAGCCAGAUCUGGCCCAAAAAAGAAAAUCAGCAGUGCAACCCAACCUCCUGGCUGAGCAAGAUUUAUUUCCUACUUUUUCUUCUUUGUGAUUUAUUUUUUGUCAAUCACGUAAAUUGAGGUGAAAUGGAAAAUCAUCAUUAUGGCUUCCUUCUCUAUGUUGACCAUUCGUACAUGGGAAAGGCAUUACCAGCAACUUAAUUACUGAUCUCUCAAGUUCAGGAAAGUCAGACCCAAGGAGAGCCACUUGCUCACUUGCUCUCUCUCUAAUGCCAGCCUGCUGCAAAGGACUCCAGCAGUGCUGGGAAUUCUAGAAGAGCCACCAGCAGGAAAUGGAGAGUGAAGAAGAGUCUUCCACUGAGCAGUGGGGGCCCAUUCUAGAGGGCUGUCAUGGAGAAGCAGCUUAGAGACAUAAGAGGAGCCUGGGCCUCCGGCAUUUGCAGCAGAAACAGACUCCUCAAAGGAAAAAGAACUUCACGUAAUCCUCCUGCAGAAUUGUCGCCCACCGAAUUCGCUGCCUUAUUUUCAAAUUCAAUGGAAUUAUAGUACUUCAUUCGAGUCACUAUAUUUUUGCAACUCAUCGUAUUGCUUUGUUGGUUCCCUGGUUUUUAGAAGACUAGGAUUCAAAUCGUUUAGUAACUUGUUAUACACAAAUGGAAGAACUUUUUGUUUACUCCAUAAGUGGGGUUUUUGAGUGAGGUGCUUCAGUAGUUUACAUAGGUCCCUGCACUACAUGUUUUGAACCAUUUUUUCAAACUUCUUAGUAGACAAGACUAAAAACUGAAACCAAAGCUUCUUUCAGUUAUUUUAUAAAAAUGAAGAUGGAGAAAUAUAGUUUCCUCAUGAAAUUACUACUUUGUUUGCUUGCUUUGUUAUCGUUUGCCAAGUAUACAUCGACAUUUGUGAGAUAUUGUCCAUCACAUUUGUUUAAGUUGCCCUUUCACCCUAACUAAAUAGCAGAUUGAGUGCAUUAAUAUUUAACUUUCACAUGUUGUGCAUCUAAUGAGCUUUAAGCAAAAGUAAUAUAAAUGAGGUUAAAAGUGUAGCACAAACUUGUCAUUUCAAUUUACAGUCCUAAAAAUCUAUUUUUAAAUGCAGAUUAGAUUAUUCUCAAGAAAAAUGAUCGCAUGAAAAGAAAUCUUGAAUAGGCUCUUACAGUAAACCUUUUGCUUUCCUUUGACUUGAAUCCAGUGCUAGAACCUAGGCACUGGAACUAGUUUGAGUUUUAUAGCUAAAUCUUGCAUGGGUCCUCAAAAUUACAUCAAGAAUUAGCCUCAGUUGUUGCUUCUAUUGAAGUUUUAGUGACCCAAGCUGGGUGUUUGUGUCUAGCCUACUUGUUUUAAUAGAGUAGAAUCCCUUAUGAUGUUUUGAAGGUUGAUAUCCAUUCAGAGAGGUUUUUUUUCCUCCUCCCUUUUGCUGUGGAUAACAGUACAGUGAAGGGGAUAGCAUCCUUGUAGUUUCCUGGAACUGUGAAAGUGUGUUAUUGUCUUCCCCACUCCAACAUAGCUUAAACUGGUUUACACAGCUGUGAUUUUGGGUUAAAUAAAAGGUUAUUAUGAUAUAGAUAACAAGAGCUUUUAUAGCUUCAUUAAAAAGAUAAAGCCACUUUCCUACUGUGGUUUUAUAUCAUUUCCAACAUUGUAAUUAGAUAAAUGGAUCUACCAGUUUAAACUUUGGCCUUACACUUAAGAAGUUAAACUGGGGUCCAAUAUUUAAACUGCCAAUGUUACGUAUCUGUUGUUUUGUGUGCCAAGUGAAGUUACUAUAUAAGGAAGAUAUUUGAAGUGCUUCUUCGCUUGUAGUAGAUAGUUGUUCUUGAAAGGAUGUACAUAGAAUAUAUUAUUCAUAUGCUAACGAUAAUGGAUUAGUUUAUUGCUCACAGGAGCCCAGUACAUUUUUCAGAAUUUGAAAACCAAAGGUCAUUAUGAGUGCACCCAGAGGUCACAUUUGACAUUUCCAUCUAUGGCAGUCUGAAGCACCCUUUGGAAUGUGAAAGCAUGACAUUCAAUUAGGCUGAAAUUCUUUAAGCAAUUUGUCUCUGUACUAUUUAAAAGAAAUAGGAGCAAGUCAAGAACUUCCAAUACGGCUUUUCCUGAAAAGGCCCAUUUCCCAAGUAAUUGAAGGAAAACUACAGACACCUCCAGCUUUGCCACAGUUCUCAAGGGUCUUCUAGAUCUGAUGCUUCCAGUUUACUAACCAGCCAGAUGGAUGCCUAACUCCAGCAGGCAUCCACUAGAAGCUCUUGUAUUUGGUUUCCGUCCUUUUUCCCAGAUUGCUGAUCCGACAUUUUAAUUAGCUCCAACAACUACAUUUACCCCUACCCUUUCCCCUUUUACUCAAUUUUGAAUCUUACAAAAGACUAGGAGUCAGUGCCUCUAUUUCCACAUUGUGACUGGGUGGUAGACCUUUCGCUCCUCUCAGAAGAUUCUGCACUUGGUUGGCAGAUGAGAUGACUGAUGGAACCCUGAGUUUCAGUUCUAAGAAUAAUAAUACAGUACAACCAGAUUCUUAGGUACCUUUUUCUUCUUGGAGUUUGAAGUUUUUUUUUUGUUUUUGUUUUUGUUUUUAAACAUAAGUAGAGAAAACCAUAUUUAUUAGGAUGGUUUCAUGAAAUCGCAUCCUUAUGCUUUGUUGAGCUUGAUGUUAACUACUUAUUCCCUUUGCUUUCAAAAUAGCAAAGUGUAUUGAAACAUACAGCAAAGUGCUUGAAUAUGACAAAUCAUAUCAAUUAAUAUUUUAUUAUUAUAGCCUUUAUGCAAAAAAUUAAUUGUGAAUGCUAGAAGAAUAGUGAUAGAAUGCAGUAAGUUGUCUAGGUUUCUCUCCUUUGCAGAACUUGUCCCAUUUGUAUAAAGGGCUGUGGAACAUCGCUCACCACUGCUCUCUAGAUUCUAGUCAGCAUCUUCCAAACUUUGCAGACAUUUCUAAACACUGUGCCCCUGUUGUGCCCUGUUUCUACUGGUAUGAUAGCUGUGGUGAAUAGACAGCUUUUCUGGCUGUGCGUUCUGUUAGACUAAUCAUCUUACAAAGGUUCUAGAAUUUAGUCAUUCAAGGAACACUCAAUGCUAACACCAAGAUGAAUUUCAAAAGUUAGAAAUUUACUUGAAGGCUAAAGUUAAACUUGUUUGAUAUCAAAUCAGUGAAAAAUAGAAUAUCAUCGUGAACUUAAUAUUGUGACUGGGCUUGGUCACAUGCAGCACAUGAAAAACAAAAUGCAUCUUUAAAAUAAAGACCUUCAGGAAAGUUUUGUCACAUUGGUGGUGCAUAAUUUUGUAUACCAAAAGCAUAAGCAGUUAACACUAUGAUUAAAUAAAACUGAUAAAUACACCCUAAGAAGUAAGGGUUUUUCACAAUACCUUAUGCAUUCUGAAAUACACAAUUAAAUGUUCUUCCUAAAAGAGCCUUAAUUAAUGGCAGAAACUUUUUAACCUUUUAUAAUCUAAUAUAUAAAAAUUUUAAUUCCAUUUCUUAGUAUUUGAAAAGUGUCAGUCAGAUAUAUCUCCAUGUAUUCCAUCGUAUGAAGUUCAUUUGAUGAGGGUAUAUUUCAUACAGAAUGCUCUAGCAUGCAAAGGAUCUGAUAUCAUCAGUCCUUUCUAAUUCUCUGAAAGUCUUCAGUUACUAAGUCUUCUAAUUUGGAGGAACACUUGAAAGAUUUCAAAAUCUUUGUGUAUAGGGUAUAGAGCAACAAUACACAAAAGUGAUGAUACUAUGUAGAAUCUGAGCGUGACACAAACCUUUUCAGUCAUCAAAUGUAACAUGGUGAUAAGUGUAAAGUGGCAGGAAGCUAAAGAUUUUAAAUAUUUCAUCAGACCAAAUAUUCUCAUGGUAUAAACACUUGUCCACCCACCAGCCAGGGUUCUCCUCCCUCUUGCUAGAGCAUUCACACUGUGGAAGCAGGUGAUUGCAGUUGACUCUUCAUUCUUUCAAGUUUUCUUUGCUGCUAUGCAUUUAUUUCCACAUCUCCACCCACAUCCAAAUGUAUCUCUCCUGCUCCAGAAUUCAGAUUGGCUGUUCUUUUGUUCUCUCCCCACCUUUCUGCAAGCAACCCUGAAAGCCCUAUUUGGUGAACUCAGUGUUUACAAAGAAAGUCAAGCCCCAGUAGUGGGUGGCCCUUGCACAUUUCCAGGCACCUCCCAAGGUUCAAGACAGAGUCUGUAAAAUACAAUUGAAAACUAGAAAGUUUUUGGCCCUUAUAUCUUUCAGGAUCAUAGCCUAGACCUAGCAGAUGGCUUUGUCUUAGCACUUUUGUCUCCAUGACAUAAGAGUUUGACCUCUUCACGUGCAUAGAAUGCCUGCUUCUGCUUCCAUCCUUUCAAGUUCAUCCUGUCCUGUCUCUGUGGUAGUAGUAUAUACAUGUCUUUGAAACCUACAAACUUAAAAGGUACUUUUAUCAAUGUGGUUUCUCAUAAAACAUUUACAAAACCAGCUUGGAGGAAAUGUAGUGUUUCCUGGCAACAGCAUUUGGAGUAGUCGUAUUUUCUCACUGUGAUGUUGUUCUGUGUAAGUAAUGAAGUGACUCUUUGGUUCAUUAUUGGUGUUUUUAUUUGAGUCUUUGUGUGACUGCCAGUGGCAGGGGAGUUAAGUACCCUCCCUUUGUUUUGUUGUUGUUGUUUGUAGAAGUGUCAAAUAAAACUAUACAAUGCUCAAUAAAAUUAAAAUUUCAGAUAGUUUUUUAGCCUGUGUUUCAUGCAAUAUUUGGCAACUAUUUACAAUAAAACCAUCACCUGAAAUUUCUAUUUUUAAGUGUGCAUCCUGGCCUUUUACUAAUUCGGACAGCCCUAUCUAUUUUGUCCUGGAAAAUCACUUUAAGCACGUAAGUCCUUUUGGUCUUCACUGUCUCAUAUGGAACAGAAGACAUUCUUCCCUCACCCUUGCCUUCUUUCCAGAAAAGGACAUCCAGGAACUUAACCUGCCUCUGUGGUGGGCUUCUAUUUAAGACAUCUUUAUGAUUAUAUUUAACCUGUAAUUGUGCUUUGAACUAAAUGUCUAACUUACAUUAUAAUGUCUAACUUGUACUUGUUUAAUAUUCAAUAAAAACAUUUUUGAAAUA